GGCGGCCGCGGCUCUUUUGUUUCCCAGUCGGAGUCCGGGCCGGAGUCUGAACCCCAGCCGCAGUCGCAGCCGCGGAGGGAUCCGGAUCAGCAGCCCGGGCUGCCAGGGCGCCCCGAGCGGCCCGCGGGGCUGGAGGCGGGCCCGGCCUGCCCGAUGGGGCGCGCCCCCCGCCCGCCGCCCCCGGCCCGAGCCGCCGCCUGAGCCGCCCGCCCGCGCCAUGGAGCCCGGCCGCGGCGGCCUGGAGGCCGUGGGCAAGUUCGAGUUCUCGCGCAAGGACCUGAUCGGGCACGGCGCCUUCGCCGUGGUCUUCAAGGGGCGCCACCGGGAGAAGCACGACCUGGAGGUCGCAGUCAAGUGCAUUAACAAGAAAAACCUCGCCAAGUCCCAGACCCUGCUGGGGAAGGAAAUCAAGAUCCUCAAGGAAUUGAAACAUGAAAACAUCGUGGCUUUGUAUGACUUUCAGGAGAUGGCCAAUUCUGUUUAUCUGGUCAUGGAGUACUGUAACGGUGGGGACCUAGCUGACUACCUGCACACCAUGCGGACGCUGAGCGAGGACACCAUCCGGCUCUUCCUGCAGCAGAUCGCGGGCGCCAUGCACUUGCUGCACAGCAAGGGCAUCAUCCACCGUGACCUGAAGCCCCAGAACAUCCUGCUGUCCAACCCCGGGGGGCGCCGCGCCAACCCCAACAGCAUCCGCGUCAAGAUCGCCGACUUCGGCUUCGCUCGGUACCUGCAGAGCAACAUGAUGGCGGCCACGCUCUGCGGCUCGCCCAUGUACAUGGCCCCCGAGGUCAUCAUGUCGCAGCAUUACGACGGGAAGGCAGACCUGUGGAGCAUCGGCACCAUCGUGUACCAGUGCCUGACGGGGAAGGCGCCCUUCCAGGCCAGCAGCCCCCAGGACCUUCGCCUCUUCUAUGAGAGGAACAAGACACUGGUACCCACCAUCCCCAGGGAGACGUCGGCCCCGCUGAGACAGCUGCUGCUGGCCCUGCUGCAGCGGAACCACAAGGACCGCAUGGACUUUGACGAGUUCUUCCGGCACCCUUUCCUCGAUGCCAGCGCCACCGUGAAGAAGUCCCCCCCCGUGCCUGUGCCCUCGUACCCAAGUUCGGGGUCCGGCAGCAGCUCCAGCAGCAGCUCUACCUCGCACUUGGCCUCCCCUCCGUCCCUGGGAGAGAUGCAGCAGCAGCUCCAGAAGACGCUGACUUCCCCGGCCGACGCCGCCGGCUUCCUGCAGGGCUCCCGGGGCUCCGGCGGCAGCAGUAAGGACUCGUCCUGCGACACGGAUGACUUCGUCAUGGUCCCGGCCCAGUUUCCAGGUGACCUGGUGGCCGAGGCGGCUGGUGCCAAGCCCCCCCCGGACAGUCUGAUGUGUAGCGGGAGCUCACUGGUGGCCUCCGCUGGCCUGGAGAGCCGUGGCCGGACCCCAUCUCCUUCCCCACCCUGCAGCAGUUCUCCCAGCCCCUCAGGCCGGGCCGGCCCCUCCAGCAGCAGGUGCGGCGUGUCCGUCCCCAUCCCGGUCCCCACGCAGGUGCGCAACUACCAGCGCAUUGAGCAGAACCUGCAGUCGCCCACCCAGUGCCAGACCACACGGGACGAGCCGUCUGGCGUGGCCGUGACCCUCAUCUCCUCGUGCCUGCUCCUGUCCCCAGGUCCUCCGCCAUCUGCAGGUCGGGCAGCACCAGCCCCCUGGGCUUUGCCCGGGCCAGUCCGUCACCCCCAUCCCACGCCGAGCACGGAGCUGCCCUGGCCAGGAAGCUCUCCCUGGGUGGGGGCCGGCCCUACACACCGUCUCCACAAGGGCUGGAGCGGGGCACCCUCCCCCCAAGGAGCCGAGAUGCGGGGUGGCAGAUCCCCUCGUGCGGGCUCCUCUGCGCCCGAGCACUCCCCGCACGCCGCUGGGCUGGGCUAUCGCCUGCACAGUGCUCCCAACCUGUCCGACCUGCACGUCGUCCGCCCUAAGUUGCCCAAGCCCCCCACGGACCCCCUGGGGGCGGCGUUCGGCCACCCUCAGUCCAGCCCCCCGCAGCCAGCCCACGGGCUGCAGUCCUGCCGGCCCCUGCGAGGCUCGCCCAAGCUGCCUGACUUCCUGCAGCGCAACCCCCUGCCCCCCAUCCUGGGCUCCCCCACCAAGGCUGUCGGCCACCCUCCUGGCAGGAUUCCCGUGCGACACGCUUCGGGCCCCGGAAACGCAGAAGGUGCCCCACAGGCUCCAGCACCGCUCCGGGCCAUGCCUGCCUUCGACUUCCCCAAGACCCCCAGCUCCCAGAACUUGCUGACCCUCCUGGCCCGGCAGGGUGUGGUCAUGACACCCCCCCGGAACCGGACGCUGCCGGACCUCUCCGAGGCAGGACCCUUCCAGGGGCAGCAGCUGGGCCCCGGCCUGCGGCCCACUGAGGACAAGAGCCCCUUCGGCAGGUCCCUCAGUACCGGCCGCCUCACUGAUCUGCUCCUCAAGGCUGCGUUUGGGACCCAGGCCCCUGACUCGGGGAGCACGGACAGCCUGCAGGAGAAGCCUAUGGAGAUCGCGCCCUCUGCUGGCCUCGGAGGGAACCUGCACCCGGGAGCCCGCUCUGGGGGGGCCAGCAGCCCGUCUCCCGUGGUGUUCACCGUGGGCUCACCCCCCAGCGGGACCACGCCGCCCCAGGGUCCCCGUGCCAGGAUGUUGUCAGUGGGCUCCUCGAGCUCUCUUGGCUCGGUCAACUCCCCCUCUGCCCGUCACCUGGCCCCCGGGGCCUGUAGUGAGGCCGCCCCGGAGGUCCCGGCCCCCGGACACUGCUGCAGCUUCGCCGACCCCGUCACCGCCAACCUAGAGGGGGCUGUGACCUUCGAGGCCCCUGACCUCCCUGAGGAGACACUGAUGGAGCAAGAGCACACGGAGAUCCUGCAUAGCCUGCGCUUCACGCUCGUCUUCGUCCAGCACGUCCUGGAGAUCGCGGCCCUGAGGGGCAGCGCCAGCGACGCGGCCGGGGGGCCCGAGUACCAGCUGCAGGAGAGCGUGGUGGCUGACCAGAUCAGCCUGCUGAGCCGGGAGUGGGGCUUCGCGGAGCAGCUGGUGCUCUACCUGAAGGUGGCCGAGCUGCUCUCCUCGGGCCUGCAGACCGCCAUCGACCAAAUCCGGGCCGGCAAGCUGUGUCUGUCGUCCACCGUGAAGCAGGUGGUGCGGAAGUUGAACGAGCUGUAUAAGGCGAGCGUGGUGUCCUGCCAAGGCCUGAGCCUGCGGCUGCAGCGCUUCUUCCUGGACAAGCAGCGGCUCCUGGACCGCAUCCAGAGUGUCACUGCCGAGAAGCUCAUCUUCAGCCACGCGGUGCAGACGGUGCAGUCGGCCGCCUUGGACGAGAUGUUCCACCGCCGGGAGGACUGUGUCCAGCGCUACCACAAGGCUCUGCUGCUGAUGGAGGGCUUGCAACACAUCCUCACUGACCAGGCGGACGUGGAGAACAUUGCCAAGUGCAAGCUGUGCAUUGAGCGGAGGCUCUCGGCGUUGCUGACCGGCAUCUGUGCCUGAGCUGUGGGGUGCCUGGCUCACUGUGCCCAGGGGGCUGGAUCUCCUCUGCCGAUCCCCCAGGCUGGGGGUGGCCAGCUGGCCAGGCUCGAAGGGACAGGCCUGUAGCCUUGGUGCUGCUUGCUGGUGUCAGGGAGGGAGCGGGGCUCCCGAGCUGCAGGCCUGAGCUUCGGGGCGCUGGGAGGGCUCCACACAACCCGAAUCCGGCCGGUCGCCCUGCCUCACCGAUGGGCUGAGCUCCUGGCCUCCUUGAAGGCGGGUGGGCACCUGUGGCCGGCCCCCAACCCCAGCCAGACCCCGGGGCAGCCCUGAUGCCGGCCGCCGUGCUGAGGACAGGAAGAGGCCCCGAGAGCCGCUCUGCCCAGGAAACGGUGUGGCCUCCUGGCCCCCCUCCUUCCCCGAGACCACCCACCCAGCUUUGUGAAUCACGGAGCACUUUAUGCAGGCGCAGUCCCCUGCCGCACUAGGAGGCGCGUGUGCAUACCUACAUACAGACGCACGUAUAUGAACUGACAGGCUCGCGUGUGCGUGGGGCCUGCUGCCUGGGAUCCCCCGGGGAGACACAGACAUCUUAUUUAAAUGUUCUUUUAGGGACGGACAGUACGAAGCACCAAGCUUUCUGAACCCAGAACAGACGUUGAAGUCUAUUACACUUUACUCCUGAAACGUGUCUUAUUUUUCUGCAGCUUUUUUUUUAACAAAAGAAGAAAAUUUGUAGGAGUUUAGGAUGUUUGUUUAGGAAGGGUGGGGCAGGGCCAGGUGGGUGCUCAGCGUUAUGUGGAUGUGGGUGGAGGCAGGGGUGCCUGUGAGGGCAGCCCUCCCCCCCCGCCCCCCUUCCCACCUGGAGGCAGUGGGUGGGCAAGGGGGCGGUUCCUGCAGAGCCUCCUAUCCAGCCUUCACGGUGGGUUUGAUGCCAAAGUCAAAGUCGUGUGUUCCCCCCUCCCCCCCCCCCCCCCCCCCACCGCAGGCUGGGUCCUGGCUGCUCUGGGGGGAGACUGGUGGGGAGAGGGCAGAGGAAGCCCGCCUGAGUCCAGGCGCCCUGGGCGAGGGGUUUAAGGUCUUAACAUCAAGACGUGGGCAUCUUUGUGUUUCUUUCUUUGCAAUACUUGAAAUAUUGCCCCUGUGCUUGGAUUUCGUAGCAGCCCUGUGAGUCGUUGCCUCGUCCGCCAGUGACUUGGUUCCUUGCUGCACGGAACCUGUGCAUAUUUAUUGCUUUACGGUCGGCUGGGACCCAGGCCACCGGGAGGCUGGUGCCACGGGAGGGGGCUCGUGCAGCGGGCCACCACGUGCCUGCCUCCAGCGUGUGUGCUGCCAGCUGGUCUUGUCCUCCACGAAUCCGCACCCGACCCUUGGUCUACUUUACAGGAGUUUUGUGUGAUUCCCCCCCCCCCCAUUUGCAUUACAUCGUGUAAUACCAUUGAAGGAAAUAAACCUUUGGAAUUGA